AUGCUCUUGAACGUACUUGUUCAAAAUAUAAAUUUUUUCGUUGUUACAAAUGAUCAAUCUAUUGGAAAAGUUAAAGAAGAAAUUAUUAAUGAUGAAGAAAUUUUACCAUUUGAUACACAAGAUCGUAUUCUUGCUUAUCUUGUUUCCCUUGAAGGUAGCACAACAUCAAGUGGCCGUGGUGGUGGAGGAGAAGGAAAUAAACAAUCCAAACAUCUUCAUCAUCAUCAAGAUGAUACAAUAUUAACAUUAACAAUAAAUAGUUCAUUUAAUACUCAAUAA